ACGCACGCUGUUUCAUUACACCGUUGGACAACAACUUGGCCAGGUGGAACAGCCGUGAUGGAGCGUGUUACUGGAGGAGGAAUGCUUCCCUUCAUUCUAACAGGUGUGGGAGUCGUGCUGUUGUACCGGAUACUCCUCCGCCUCAGACAGGGACCUUCUGUCCGAGGUACAGUUGUGGUCAUCACAGGGGCCAGCUCUGGACUUGGGAAAGAGUGUGCACGAGUCUUCCAUGCUGCAGGUGCUCGGCUUGUCCUGUGUGGAAGAGAUGCAGCCCGCCUGCAACAGGUGGUCCAGGAACUUACAGCAGGUUCAACAGAGACCCAGCUGCAGACUUUCACUCCCAGCACUGUUGUCUUCGACCUGGCUAAAGCUGACACGGUGGACAAAGCUGCGGAGGAGAUCUUGAAAUGUUAUGGACAAGUAGACGUCCUUAUUAAUAACGCUGGAAUCAGUUACCGUGGCAACAUACUGGAUACCCACAUUUCAGUUCAGCGAGACGUUUUUGAAACAAAUUACUUUGGGCCCAUCGCUCUUACUCAAGCCCUCCUGCCUUUGAUGGUUCAGAGACGCAGUGGCCACAUCGUUGUCAUUAGCAGCGUCCAGGGAAAGAUCGCCAUUCCCUACAGAUCUGCUUACGCAGCAUCUAAGCACGCCACCCAGGCCUUCUUUGACUGCCUGCGAGCAGAGGUCGAGUGCUUCGGGAUCCCAGUGACCGUCAUCAGCCCAGGGUACAUCCAGACCAACCUGUCUGUCAACGCUGUUACCGGAGACGGCUCCGUGUAUGGAGUUAUGGAUCAAACCACAGCGACUGGUUGGGACCCCAGAGAUGUGGCUCAUGCGGUCUUAAGGGCGGUCCGUCAGAAAAGUAAAGAUGUCGUUUUGGCCGGACCUCUGCCCUCUGUGGCCAUUUACCUCCGCACACUGUGGCCCACACUCUUCUUUAAACUCAUGGCCUCCCGCGCUCGCAAGGAGCGAAAAGCUAAAAUCGAGUGACACAGCAGCAGGUGAGGAUUGUGUCAAGAGUGACUUGGACCAAAUCAGAACCACGGAGGCCAAAAAUGUUUAAAGGAGAGCUCAAACAUUGACCAGAAAGCCGUGUGUUGUAACAGCAUUUGUUGUUUAUUGUUCAGCUUCUAAUGGAAGACAUUUGGUCAAAAACUGAUGCUUAAACAUGAACAAAGAAUGUUGGUUUAUAUUUAAUUUAUUAACAUCACACCAAACCGUGGUUCGUCUGGGAAAGAGACCAAUUUGAGCAGGCUGGCAGAAUAUUUAACCGAAGUUGCUCACGUUGUGCUCUCCUUUUACACAGACUUUUCUUAGUGUGGCUCCACUUGAUAUGUUUCUUGAACAUAUUUAUUUUUCUUUGUUGUCAUUCAAUAAA